CCUAUUACCAAAGCAUCUUCCAAACAGCGGGUGGCGGUCGUGAGCUGCAAUCGAGUCCGAUCCUCGGUGUGUCUGUAGGGGAAGAAAAACACAAUCAGCCGUUCAAACACGGAGGCGCUAUGAACGAACAGAAAUUGAUUCAGAUAUUAACUCAAUUUCAGGCUCAGUGUCGCGGUUAUGUGAUGAGGCAAGGUCUGAGUUUGGUUCAGACUCAGUUUGAGGACGUCGUGCGAGAGAUUGAUGGAGGAUUGGAUCACCUGCAGUGGAGAGGAAACAUUAUUCCCAAACCUCACUUUACUGACACUGAAAGCCUAUUGCUGCAGUACGAACGCUCCAGGUUUCAGUGCCAUGACCAUCAGGAUGACUCUGAGAGAGAACAGAAGAUAGAGGAUGAGGACAGUGAGAAAUCUCUCCCACAGUCUGAAAUCCAGGUACCGGAGAGAGAUGAAGCUCCUGAAACAGCCAGCAGAGACACUUCCACACCCGUGGAUGGAAUUGUAGACGAGACGGGAGAGAACGUGGUUGAACAAAACCUGACAGAUGAUCCUACUACACUUUGCAGUGCUGUGAAUUCAGACGUUAUCCACAGCAGCUUAUUUCAGACAGGACCAGGUUUGCAUUCAGUUUUGAAAGACACCGCACACACUCCUGACUCUCUGAAGCAGCAGCGGAGCACUUUGGCCAUGGAGCUGCUGUGGAUCCAGCAAGCCAUCAGUAGCAGAAAGAAAUAUCUCACCCUCAAACAGAGAAUGAAUGUGUCACACUGAUACUGGACCAGUUUUGAAGCGGAUCAACGUUUUGAGAGAUGUUUUUCUCAUUUCUUUGUAACAUUUACAGCACAGAAUGAUUGUAAAUAAUGUUUAUUUAUAAGUUUGUUUUGUCCAUAUAUGUGUCUGUUAAAAAAGUUUUUAUUUUUGUACAAAUGACAUUUGAGAAAUAAACAUAGUAUUGAGAUGGGA